AGAAGGACGCUGUGUGGGGAACAGACAAAAUGCCGAAAGAUAAUAGGGACGAUAAUGAAUAUACGCCUAUGUUGAUUAAACAGCCGGAAGAAACAAGACGGGGUAUAAAGUUUCCAAACAAAUCCCUUCUUCUGGCAACCUUUGCUGCUUGUAUAGGAGGAAGCUUCCAGUAUGGAUAUAACGUCUCCGUCAUUAAUGCACCCACUAAGCAUGUGCAAGAUUUCAUCAACCAAACGUGGAUAGUGCGUUAUCAGACCGGAAUUGCAGAGGACGCUCUCACCUUAUUGUGGUCCAUCAUUGUGUCAAUAUUUACCCUUGGAGGACUAAUAGGAGUGACAGUUGGAGGAACAUUGUCAAUAAAGCUGGGGAGGAAAGGGACGUUGUUGACUAACAACAUUCUGGCAAUAACUGCUGCACUGAUGAUGGGUCUGAGCUAUGGAACAGGAUCGUUUGAACUCAUCAUCCUCGGCCGUCUUAUUAUUGGAGUAAAUGCAGGCAUUGGCCUUUGUGUUCAACCUUUGUACUUGACCGAAAUCGCUCCGACUGCCAUCCGUGGCCUCUUGGGAAUGGGGACCUAUGUUUUUCUCACUGGGGGGAUCCUGACUGGACAAGUGAUGGGGCUCAAAGAGCUGCUGGGUAGAGAAGAGUAUUGGCCCAUUCUGCUGUCCACCACGGCUAUCCCAGCGAUCAUGCAGCUCCUGACCCUCCCCUGGUUCCCGGAGAGUCCUGGCUUUGUCCUCAUUGACAGAGGAGAUGAUGAGGGAUGCAAAAAAGCCAGAAAGCAACUCCACGGUGCUGCAAAUUGUGAAAAAGAAAUUGAGAACGAGACGAACAACCUGGUUGGAAUCACGGCCAAAAAGCCGUGGGAACUGUUUGCGGACCGCGACAUGCGCUGGCAGCUUAUCACCAUCAUGCUUCUCAAUGCAGCUGAGCAGCUCAAUGGAAUCAACGCCAUCUAUUUUUACACAGAUUAUGUGUUCAGACAAGCAGGAAUUCCUAAUGACAAAAUACCAUAUGCAACCAUGGGCACUGGUGCCUGUGAAUGCCUCACUGUUUUGGCACGUGGUUUGCUCAUUGAGAGGCUGGGAAGGAAGGUGCUGAUUAUUGGGGGAUACACGCUGAUGAGUAUCUGCUGCAUUUUGUUCACUCUGACCAUCACCUUACAGGAAACCAGUUCAGUUUUUCCUUACCUGAGCAUGGCAUGUAUUUUUGCCUUCAUUCUGAGUUUUGGAUUAGGACCUGGCGCUGUGACUAACGUCUUGACCAUGGAUCUGUUCACACAAAACUCACGGCCUGCAGCCUACAUGAUUGCAGGCUCCAUAAACUGGACCAGCUUGUUUUUAAUCAGCAUGAGCUUCCCUUUUAUUGUGAUCCAUCUGCAGCAGUACUGCUUACUGGUGUCUAUGGGAAUAUGCACUAUGGUGGCGAUUUACUUCUUCUUUUUUAUCCCUGAGACUAAGAACAAAACCUUCCUGGAAAUCCAGAAUGAGUUUAAGUCCAGAAACAAAAAGAAGGGCAGCAGCACUGAUGCCUCUGGAAUGACACUGACGGCAUCUUCAGGAUAAAAUCUCAAGAUUGUAGUUUUCCAUCCAUCCAUCCAUCUUCUUCCGCUUAUUUUAUUUUAUAAUUUUUGUUUUCCUUUUUUCUGCUUUGUUUGAAUGCUGAUGGAUAGCUCCACAUUCAUGCACUGUAUGAUGUUGUGACAUUUCAAGUUUUUGUCAUUGUUGUAAUCUUGGGGUGCGUUGAAGUAAUCAUGGACCAGGAUGACAAAAACAUGCAAUUAAAUAAUCAAAAUAAUUGUUUUAAUGCCUUUAUCUACACUGUCUAUGCUGGAGAAUGUGCUCCUGUCACCGCCUGCUGCCACCUUGUGGUUUGUAUGUUCAGUUUUCCUUUGUUGGUGCAGCAAACCUGGCUCUUACUUUUUUUCUUCCUCAUAGAGUUCCUGUGUUUCCCUGUGGGCGGAGUUGUGAGCAUACUUGCCAACGCUCUCGAUUUUCCCGGGAGACUCCCGUAUUUCAGUGCCCCUCCCGAAAAUCUCCCGGGGCACCCAUUCUCCCGAAUUUCUCCCGAUUUCCACCCGGACAACAAUAUUGGGGGCGUGCCUUAAAGGCACUGCCUUUAGCGUCCUCUACAACCUGUCGUCACGUCCGCCUUUACUCCAGACAAACAGUGUGCCGGCCCAGUCACAUAAUAUAUGCGGCUUUAACACACACAUAGGUGAAUGCAAUGCAUACUUGAUCAACAGCCAUACAGGUCACAAUGAUGGUGACCGUAUAAACAACUUUAACACUGUUACAAAUAUGCGCCACACUGUGAACCCACACCAAACAAGAAUGACAAACACAUUUCGGGAGAACAUCCGCACCGUAACACAACAUACCCAAAACCCCUUGCAGCACUAACUCCUCCGGGACGCUACAAUAUACACCCCCGCGACCACCAAACCCCGACAACCUCAAUCAUGCCCCUCCCCAACCCCCCACCUCAACCAUGUGCCCCCCACCUCAACCACGCCCCCCCCAAAUCUCCAGAAUUCGGAGGUCUAAAGGUUGGCAAGUAUGGUUGUGAGACGUGCACAGCUGUGUCCAAUCUCACCAGCACUACUUAAGCAGCACCUUGUCAGCUGGAUGGCACUCUGCAAUUCCACUCCUCGACUCUCCAUGUCAGAAGACCCCUAUGCUUCUUGAAUUUUUGCUACUUAACUUCUUGGUUAUUUCCAGUGCCAUCCAGCUUGUUGUACUAUGGUAGUUUGCACGUCUUGCAACUCCGACCCAAGUUUAGUUAUUUUUCUAUAUUAGCUUUUGUUCUUUUUUCACGGUGCUCAUUUUGUGUUCUCUUUUUCGCACUGUCGCUUUUUCUUAUCUCCUAUUUUGGAUCAUUGU